CGCCGGAGGAGGAGGGGCCGGGGCCGUCCCGCCCGCCCCGCCCGCAGCCCGAAGAUGGCGGCCGCGCUGGGGAGGCUGCUGCGGAGCGCGGUGCCCGCCGCCGGGAGGAGCCUGACGGCCCGGCCCCUGCCCUGCGCCCGCCGCCCCUUCAGCCUCGGCUCCUCGCGGCUUGCUCCCGCGGUUACGCAGCACGCCCCGUUUUUUAAGGGGACGGCUGUUGUCAACGGAGAAUUCAAGGAGCUGAGCCUGGAUGAUUUCAAGGGGAAGUACCUGGUCCUCUUCUUCUACCCCCUGGACUUCACCUUCGUCUGCCCCACAGAAAUUGUGGCUUUCAGCAACAAAGCAAAUGAAUUUCGUGAUGUGAACUGUGAAGUUGUGGCAGUUUCUGUGGAUUCUCAUUUUUGUCAUCUGGCCUGGAUAAAUACACCACGAAAGAGUGGCGGUUUGGGCAAAAUGAAUAUUCCAGUCCUGUCAGACCUCACAAAACAAAUCUCCCGCGAUUAUGGUGUGCUGCUGGAAGGACCUGGCAUAGCACUGAGAGGUCUCUUCAUCAUUGAUCCAAACGGGGUCAUCAAGCAUCUAAGUGUCAAUGAUCUCCCUGUGGGUCGUAGUGUGGAAGAGACCCUCCGCCUGGUGAAGGCAUUCCAGUUUGUGGAAACACAUGGAGAGGUUUGCCCAGCAAACUGGACUCCCGACUCCCCUACAAUCAAACCAAGCCCAGAAGGUUCUAAAGAAUAUUUUGAGAAAGUGCAUACAUAAACACUCAAAUGUGUGGACAAAACUCCUAGUUUCCAUACAUUGAAGACAUUAGGAAAGAAGCUGUGAUUAUGAAAAUAAUAAAAGUUCUUAUUUUCUGAUGCCUAAAAAGAAAAUAAACGUUGAAAUAUUUACUGCU